AUGGUUGCAGAACAGAGACACCAUUUUCCUAUCCUUCUCUUCAUUUAUCUCCUCUUCUGGUCGUUUCAGUUUGCUUUAUCAGACUACACAACUCUUUUCAAUUCUACUGCCCGGCUUUCCUCCUUCUGGAUAAACAGGCCCCCUCCCGACUAUUCGUCUGUGGCUUUGACGCGCAUUCUUCAGACACAAAAUGACGACCGACUAUUCGUCUGUGGCUUCUGCUGCUAUGUCACUUCCACAAAUUGCUAUCUUGGUAUCCUUCUGUUCGACCACAGAUCCCAGAGGCGGGUCGUUGUGGGAGGUUCCCCCCAGUUAGUUUGGUCUGCUAACAGGGACCAUCCUGUUAAAGCCAAUGCAACCUUGCAACUAGGCCAAGAUGGCAACUUGGUCUUGGCAGACUCUGAUGGCACUCUUGUUUGGUCCACUGAUACAACUGGCAAAUCUGUUUCAGGCUUAAACUUGACAGAAAUGGGAAAUCUUGUGCUCUUUGAUAAGAGAAAGCGCACUAUUUGGCAGUCUUUUGAUCAUCCAACAGAUAGUUUGCUUCCAGGGCAGAAUUUGGUUUUUGGGCGGAAGCUUACAGCAACCAAUUCUUCAACCAAUCUGUCCUUUUCUUUUACUGUUCUUAAUGGAAGCCUGGUGACUUAUGUAGAUACCGACCCACCUCAGUAUUUUAUUGCUUCAAAUAAAGAAGGUGGUUCUUUUUACUCUUUUGACGGUCGAACCUUUGCUGCUCCUUCUACAUCAGAAAGCUAUUUCAUAAAGCUUGGGUCUGAUGGACAUUUAAUGGUACUCCAGAUGGAUGCAUUUGUUUGGAAACAGUUAGAUGAGGUUUUGUAUCCAGAUCUAGGGAACUGUGGGUACCCGCUGGUGUGUGGAAGAUAUAGCAUUUGUACAAAUGAUGGGCAAUGUAAUUGUCCAGUAGAAGGAAACUUCUUCAGGCCAAUAAAUAGGAACCCAGAUCUCGGAUGUUCACAGCUAAAAUCCAUUUCUUGCAACUCUUCGCAGUAUCAUAGUCUUAUAGAGCUCAAGGAGACCACAUAUUUUGCAUUUGAGACUAACUAUAAACCAAGCUCGAGCAUGUGGUUCGAGGGGACAAAGUUGGAAGAUUGCAAAACGGCCUGUCUGAGUAACUGUUCCUGUAAAGCUGUUGUUUGGUCUGGAACUCUAAGAAAAAACUGCUUAUUACUGAAUGAAGUCUUCUCUCUUAUGGACAACAGGAAAGGAAGCGAUAAGACGACAGUUUUUCUUAAGGUGCAGAAUACCACAAAAUCACAGUAUCAGUCACCAAUCAUUUCUCAAGGAAAGCAAUCAAAACCUCUGAAAGUGAUAGUAGCAUCUACUCUUGCAGCUUUAGUGGGAAUAAUUUUAAGUAUUAGUACAUGGUUUGUUCUUUUCAAAAAGAGGACACUGUCCAACAAGGUUGGGGAUCUUCUGGAUCUAGCACAUAUCUUACCAGGAAUCCUAACUCGAUUCUCUUACCAUGAGUUGAAAAUAAUUACACAAGAUUUCAGCAGAAAGCUCGGGGAAGGAGGAUUUGGCUCUGUAUAUGAAGGAACACUGAGUAAUGGCAUCAAAAUAGCUGUGAAGCGUCUGGAUCGUCUAGAUCAAGUUAAGGAUUCAUUCUUAAGCAUUCCCCAUGUCAAUCUGGUAAAAUUCAUUGGCUUUUGCGCUGAAAAAGACCACCGGGUUCUGAUCUAUGAGUACAUGGUAAAUGGAUCAUUGGAUAGGUGGAUAUUUCGUGAAAAGCAAGAAAAUGAGCUUACAUGGCAUACAAGGAAAAGGAUAAUAGCGGAUAUUGCCAAAGGGUUAGCUUAUCUUCACGACGAAUGCAGCCAAAAGAUAAUUCAUUUGGACAUCAAACCACAAAACAUCCUUCUAGAUCAAAAUUUCAAUGCUAGGAUAUCUGAUUUUGGGUUGUCGAAACUGAUUGAGAAAGACACAAGCAAAGUUGUAACUAGGAUGAGAGGAACACCAGGGUAUUUAGCCCCUGAAUGGUUGAGGUCGGAAAUCACUGAGAAAGUUGAUGUGUAUGCCUUUGGAAUUGUGCUCUUGGAACUCUUGUGUGGGAGAAAGAAUGUUGAUCGGUCCCAAGCUGAUGAGGAUGUCCAUUUGCUAAGUGUUUUUAGGAGAAAAGCAGAAGAAGAACAGCUCAUGGAUAUGGUUGACCAAAACAAUGAGGAUAUGCAGAUCAACAAACAGGCAGCGACAGAAUUGAUGAUCCUUGCUGCCUGGUGUGUACAGGAUGAUUUCACCAAGAGGCCGUCCAUGACAUUGGUGGUUAAGGUACUGGAAGGCUUGGUUUCUGUUGAAACCAACAUAGAUUACGAUUUCACAAGCCUACCUGAGGUUGGAGCAGGCAACCAACAGAAGGAAGCCACUAUCAGUUCAGUAUUGCCUUCAGUAUUAUCUGGACCAAGGUAAACAAUAAGCUUAAGAUGUUAAGUCUUCGAAAGAACCAAUUAUGGUUGGGCACAUGUCAACUAUUGAAAUAUUUCCAAUUUUAGCAUAAUCUUUUACUGUUUUUGAGAUCAUAAUUCAUGAAAUGUAAUAUUCAGUAACUUCAGCACUAGUUUUUUGAGCUUCAAGUACUAUCAUGUAGCCCAGUAGCUCCUCAAUUCAUAUGUGAAAGGAAAUAUAAUAUUGUGGUGUUGCAGCUA